GACGACAAAGUGACGAACGGUCAAAUGUUCACGGUCGACCAAACUGUUAACGGCCAAACGCGCAAGCCACGACGGUUCCCCAGUCGAUCAACUGCUAACGCCCCGUGUUUCUGUCGACCAUUUUUUUUUUUACAUUUUUUGCGAAAAUAAAUAAAAAUCAUUAUUUAGAUAACGACGUGAAUGUGAUGUGAUAUAAAUUAUUAUUAUUUGUUUACAAUUAUUACAAUCGUUUAUUCGUUUUUUUUAUUUGUACACAAUUAGGAUUUUUUCCACUAUUAUUAUUGUUAUUUUUAUUAUUAUUAUUAUUAUUAUUGAAUUAUUCAUUCAUGAGGUUACGGUUCCUCGCGAAUUUCAUUUGACCAGUGCAACACAAUAGCCAGUGAUCGAACAACGAUUUUCGCCGCUUUGACAAUGCACUUGACAUGUCGUUUCUCUGCGGACAUUCUGUCGAACGCCUUUCGCACAAACUGCUAAAUCGUAGCGUGUUCGAUCCAUUAUAAGACUAUCUCUGAAAAGUUCGACAUCCACAGCAUAUGCACACAGUCAUGAUCUCAGAGCAUUAUACGUUCAUCAACCAAAAAUCAAAAGCGAUGUAUCUGUGAAAAUCUCUUAUGGAUUACUUAUGACGUAUAAUGAUAGAAGGUGUGUCAAGAAGAACCUUAGCAGGAUCGAGUGGCACAUACAAUGUUCGUGCUACCGAAUUGGCUGUAGAUCGAGGUCGUUUAAAGUCAAUCAAUGCUACUGUUGUAUUUCUUGAUGAUACUCAGCAUUGUUUUAAACUUGACAAACGAGCUAAAGGUGAAGCAUUACUAGAAGCAGUAUUUCAACACUUAGAAUUAAUUGAAAAAGAUUAUUUUGGUUUACAAUUCACUGAUAAUGGGCUGACUCCAUCUGUAUCAAAUACAGAUGUUUUAAGAUGGCUGAAUCCAAAAAAAAGUAUUAAAAAACAAAUGAGAGGCGGAUUUUUUUAUUUUUGUGUAAAAUUUUAUGUGUCUGAUCCAAGUAAACUUCAAGAAGAAUAUACACGUUAUCAUUUGUAUUUACAAUUACGAAAAGAUAUUUUACAUGGAAAACUUCUCGUGUCUCCAAGUACUGCAUGUCUUCUUGCCAGUUAUACUGUUCAAUCUGAACUUGGAGAUUAUCAACCUGAAGAACAUAAGCCUGGAUAUAUAUCUGGUAUGGUUCUUAUUCCUGGUCAGACAGAACAAUUGGAAAAUCAAAUUUCUGAAUUACAUAAAUUACACAAGGGUCAAUCUCCCGCUGAUGCUGAAUUCAACUUCCUGGACCAUGGAAAGAGAUUAGACAUGUAUGGUGUUGAUUUGCACAAAGCAAAAGAUUCUUCUGAUAAAGAAUUAGAUAUUGGAGUUACAUGUAAUGGGUUAGUUGUAUUCCAAAAUAAUAUUCGUAUUAAUACCUUAUCAUGGGCGAAAAUUGUAAAAAUAUCAUUUAAGCGACGGCAUUUUUUUGUUCAACUACGAAGAGAAAUGUCUGAAAAUUAUGAUACAGUAUUGGGCUUUAACAUGAUGACAUAUCGUUCAUCUAAACAUCUAUGGAAAUCGUGUGUUGAACAUCAUUCAUUUUUCCGGCUAAAUCAACCGAUUUGCCCAUCAAAUAAUAGAGGAUUUAGAAGAUUAUUGCCAGGUCCAUUUCUUCUAGGUUCACGGUUUUCAUAUUCUGGACGAACUGAAAUACAAACAAUAGAAGAGAGUCGUAUGUCACAACCACGUCCUCACCGAACAUUUCUUAGAUUCAAAAGUAAAUACUGUUCUAAACAACCGGUUAACAACAAUACUGAAGGUAAGAGUUCAAAAUCAAUUCUCAAAUCAUCUUCUAAGGGAUCACAUGAUAAUAAAGUAAAGUCAGUUGAUAAAGAACCAAGACCUGCUUGGGGUCCAAAUUCAUCACUUGUAUCAGAUGAUGAAGGUGGAUUUAUAUCUUCAGCUGUCCGUCCAAGUAGCAGUAGUAGUGGAACCGGAUUAGCAGCAACUGGCCGAAAUUAUGUCGAUGACGAUAUGUCAAGUAGUAUUUAUGAUAUCCCAGCAUAUGAUACAGAGUCUUCUUUGGGUUGCGAAAAUAAUGUUGUUUGCAUUCACAUGAAUGCUGAUGAGGAAGGACGAUUUGGAUUUAAUGUAAGAGGUGGUUCAGAUUUAGGAUUACCAAUUGUUGUGUCCAGAGUUGUCCCUAACACAGCAGCUUAUCGAUCACAACCUAAACUUUGUGAAGGUGAUCAGGUUUUAAUGAUAAAUGGACAAGAAGUCAGUGAGAUGGUCCAUGAUGAUGUUGUAAAUUUAAUUAGAGCAGCUAGAGAUGUUGAACAUGAUGGAAAAUUAGUUUUAACAGUUCAACAAAAAGGUGAUGAUGAUGAUGAUGAUGAUUGUUUGAAAGAAAAAGAAGAAGAACCUUUAUUUCAGUAUAUACCAGAAUCUCCACCAAGUGUUAUGUCAUCUGAUCCAUUGGUUCAAUCUAUAUUACUGCUUGGAGAUGGUUUAGCAAGUGGAUCUUUACUAACCCAGUUUGAACAACUUUAUAGGCACAAACCAGAAACUCCAAUGGACAAUGCUAGAACCGCUCAAAAUAUACAUAAAAAUAGAUAUCGUGAUAUAGCUCCCUAUGAUAUAACUCGAUAUAUUAUCAAAAAUCAAGACCAUGAUUAUAUUAAUGCCAACUAUAUAAAUAUGGAAAUACCUGGUUCGGGAAUUAUUAACAGAUAUAUAGCAACACAAGGACCACUUCAAACAACAGUAAGUGAUUUCUGGUGUAUGGUAUUAGAAUCUCGUAGUACCUUAAUAGUAAUGGUUACUGCGCUUGUUGAAAAAGGCCGUCAAAAAUGUGCUAAAUACUGGCCACCAAUCAAUGAAACAUUAGAAGUUAACAGCAAUAUAACAUUAAAAAUGGUGUCUGAAGAAACUGAUACUUCUAACAUAAUUGUUUAUCGACAAAUAGAGUUAACUGAAACAAGUACUAAUGAAACUAGAACUGUUACACAACUUCAAUAUAGUUUAUGGCCUGAUCACGGUGUACCAGAUGAUUCAGAUCGCUUGUUAAAUUUAGUAGGAGCUGUUCGUAAAGAACGUGCAGGUGUCGUUGAACCUGUUGUUAUUCAUUGUUCAGCUGGAAUUGGACGUACAGGAGUGAUAAUUUUAUUAGAGACUGCAUUAUGUUUAAUAGAAGCAGGUCAACCUGUUUAUCCGCUUGAAAUUGUCCGACAAAUGCGAGAUCAACGAGCCAUGAUGGUACAAACUUCAAAUCAAUAUAAAUUUGUGUGCAGUUGCAUACAUUAUGCAUUUACGCAGGGUAUUGUGAAACCAUUGCCGGAAUAUAGUCAACAAUAAAAUAAUCCGUCCUUUGGUAAAUGCAAUUAUUCCUUGAAAAAUGUAUUUAUUAAUUUAUUAUAUUUUUAUUUAUACAUAUACUUUUUUUCUUUUUUGACAUUUAAACAAGAUUAAUUUAAUAUCAUUUCAACAUUAUUUAUUUAUUGUGUACCAUGACUUGACUUCAUAUGAGCAUCAAACAUUUUUCUUAUUAGAUUUAUUAUUUAUAAUUCCUUAUUGAAUUAACCAUUUGUCCCUAUUUAAUUCUUAAUUUAUACAUAUGCUCUUUACUAACUUCUUUAUAUUGCCUUAAUUCUAUUAGUUUUUCAUAAAUGUAUUCGUGUACCCCAAAUACUCGUGUGUAUGUAAUUUAUUUGCCCUUUAUGUGUUAUAUUAAACUCUUUGUUUGUGAUUAUAUACUAAUAAAAUAAAGUACUUCAAAUUAUAAGUCCUAUGAUAUUUGUGUUGAAUGAAAUAUAAAUGUUUCUGUUAUUAUGUUACAACUUUUAGAUUUUAAAAUUAUUUUCAGAGAUAUAAAAUAUUUAUAACUAAGUACAUAUUAUAAUAUUAUAUAAUUUUAAAGCUUGUUUUAAAAUAAAUAUGUAUACACUUACGUUUAUAUUAUCACUGUUUAGCAAAUUACACAAAUUUAGAUGUCUGUGUUUAAAUUUACAAUAAAUAUUGAAAUGUAUUCCACUUAAAAAACUAAGAAAUUAAAUUACACUAUACUUCUGAAGAAUCGUUAUACAAUUAAGUCAAACAUUUAUAUUAUUUAUUUAUUAAAUAAUUUAAAUGUAACUAUUAAAUAAAAAGUAUUAUAAUAUCAAUAAAUGUAUUUAAUUAAUAUGUUUGUCAUUUUUUACAAUCAUAUGUAUCGAUUUUAACAGGUGAAUACACCAUUUAUGUUGCAGCUAUAAAUUCUUAGAUGAAGUAAUCACAAAAUAAAAUUCAUUAAUGAGUAAUUAUUUUCACUAGUACAGUGUUUGCUGAGAAGUUACCAUUUGAUAACAUUUUCCGCGUAUGAAUAAGAAAUAAUUAAAAAUACACGUUUCAUGGAAACCAAAAAUAUCUGUUAUAAUGAAACACUAAUGAAUUAAUAGUUAAAAAUGUUGAAAUAUAUAAAUAGUAACAAUAUUUUUAUGAUAGUGUUUAUAACAUUUAUGACAGAAGAUGUAAAAUAACUUAAUUUAACCAUAACUAAUUAAAAUGAUUAUUGAAAAA